AUGCAAUGCUUGUUCGAUGCAGGCUGUCAAGGGGCUGCUAUCAUAAAUCCCCCAGGACGCCACAGGUCUUGGUUAAUCAAAGCAGUCGUGCCAGAUGAGAACAGCCUGGGUGUGGUUGCAAUCCACGCAGGCACACGGGUUCUGUAUCUCAACCGUGUCCAGAACAAGAAACGCCGCUCUCCGGAAGUGGUGUCUGUCAUCCGGUCGGCAUAUCAAGCUCAAUGCACACAGGUGACUAAACCUGAGGCAGAAAAACAAAGGCAGGAGCUGGCUAGAGAACGCAGCCGUUCUCCCAGCAAGGAUGCCGCCAAGGAUAAACCCAAAGAGAAAGAGAAAGAAAAAUCCAAAGAAGCGGGCCCCUUUGGCCCUUUCAUGGACAAAGUGACAUCGCUCGAUACCGGCGGCGGCGGUAAUUGCGGCUACACUUGCCUGGCAGCUGCGCUGGCUCUCGACAAGGGAGAAUCGAUCGAACAGGUGAAGGGCGAUCUACCAGCACGAGAAGAGAAAGACAAACCCAUGGCUUUUGGAACGCCCCGAUCAGGAAGAGAGCCCAUCGUACUGCUACUCAACGAUCGGCAAGGCCAUUACACCCUGUUACAGCUCAAAGCCGGCCGGCAAUGGCCCAAAGAAUGGACUCAAGCCGCUCAAGCAUCUGUUGCCAGCGGCAUGCCUACACAUCUGGUGGAGUGGCCAUCUUUGUGCGCUAAAGACAAGGGUGCUAGAGAAGUGAACAGACAUGUUGCCUAUGACGGACAAGCCAUUAUGCUUCAAUUGGAUGACAUGUUUAUCAUUGGUGCAUACUUGCCGCCCCGCAACUCCCAAGCAACGCAAACACUGACAGUGCUGGAUGAAUGGAUUGCAUCGGCGGGAGCCUUAGAGCCAGUUGUCAUUUUAGGAGAUUUCAACCAAGAGCCGGAACUUGCGGACCGCUGGACGGCCCUCGCCGAUGGUGGAGCAGCCAAAGUCGUUUCCCUCCCUGAUGGGACCAGAGCACCCACGAGUUGGAAGGAAUGUGUGCAAAGCUUUAAACAAGUGCCCACCCGCAGUUUAUUGCGACCAGAGCAAAUUCCCCAGAAGGAUUGGGACAAAGCCAUGGUGAAGGCAUGGCAACAGGUCCCCAUGCCUCCGAACACGACAAGCGAAGAAGAAUGGAAUACUUUUUGCUCCGCCGUUGAAUCUUCAUACGAUGCUGCCCACCAAAUUUGCAGCGGAAGCCUCAGCCAUGGGCACACCGCCAAUGUCCGGGCAAAAGGCAGCCCUAUGAAAAUCAAAGAACUUGAGCCAGCCAUAUUUCGCUUGAAACAGCAUGCUUCAUGCCGAGAGUUGAAGGCCAGAAAGCUGCUCGGAAGGGUCAGAGAAGCCAACGUCCAACAAGCAGCCGGGGCCUCAGUUCCAGCCGUGUUGUUGCGGCGCAUAUGGCAACAUCCUUUGGUCCGUGGUAAAAACUUUGUUUCUCUCCUUGAUAUUGAGCAUUGGGCAGAUCAGGAAAUCAAGACACUUGUGAAACAGGAUCGAUUGGAAAAGCUCCAAGAAUGGCGCCGCAAGAUGCGCAAUAACAUGAGCCAUGCCCGUGAGUGGGUCAAAAGGGAUAAUAAUCUCCCAGUCACUUCGGUGCACUUUGAAGGAUACCAGGACAAUACAGCCACUUCUUCGAAUCAGCAAUCUCUUGAAGCUAUUUCGCAGUUUUGGAAGACUAUCUGGGAAAGAGACAGGCCACCCGUGCAGGAAGCUUUUCAGUUUUGGCAGGAAGGCAGUGAGCCCAUGCCGGAAUAUGCCUGGUCAAACCUCACACCUAAGGAACUUCACAGACAAGCAAUCAGAAUGAAGGGCUCAGCUGGUGGAGCAGAUGGGAUAACAGGUUCCGAAGCGGCACAAUUGCCGCUCCGAGAGCCGCAACUCGCAGAUGGAUACUUACUCGGGUCCAUCCAACAGCCUGUGGUGGUAUCCACGGGAAAGGAGUCGCCAGAGCAGUGGACAUGUUGUUUCAAAAAUUUGAAAAAGGUGCGUACAUCACUCCCACAAGGGGAUGCCACCAGUCCCCUGACUUUACUUGCUUUGAUGACAGGAAUUACCAAGAUUGUGCUCCGCCGUGAGCCCCAGCUUUUCAGUUUAGCCACAUUCCUUGAUGAUCGAAACAUGAUUGCAAGAGAUCCCCAGCAAGGAUUUCGCUUAUGGCAAACCUGGCAAGAGGUGUCAUCGCGUUUGGGAUUGUGGGAAAAUGACAGCAAAGCACGUGUAGUCCCCCGGAGGGCUGCAUAUGAAGCUCAGCUUGUGGCACAAGGCUUUGCACAGCAUCAUGUCACAAAUGCAGCCAGGGUUUUGGGCAUUGAUUUCACAACCCGCCUCGGUGCUUCGGACCGAAAAACUUCAGAAGAACGCUUGAGAGUGACUAAGUCUCGACUGCAACGGAUUGCAGUACUGCCAGUUGGAAUGCAUCUCAAAGCCCAACAUGUGGCGUCCAUCGCCAUCCCUAAAGCUGCUUGGGGCUGUUGGACCAACUUGUACGGAAACGUGCUCGCCAAUGGCCUCGCAGCCCCACCAGAGGCACAUGGCUUGGCACUGUCCGAGGCUGGCUGGAAGACCUGGGUUGGAUCGAAGAAGGCCCAUUUCAUUGGCGCUGCCAUGCACUUGGAACAGAUCAAGCAGUGCUUGCCCAUUUGGGGAAAGUGCGCCAAAAGCUUCUUGACAAACGAUACAGAGGAAUUGCCUAAGGGCUUCUUUUUGGUGGCAGUUGAUGCUGCAAUCUUGACCCACUUGGGCUGUGUCCGAGAGCGUGUGCUGGAUCGAAGAUAUCGCAGCAUUGUGAAUGUUCAGGGCAACCCUUCUGCAUUUGCAGCUGUCACGGAGGUGGAAGCAGGGUGCUCUCCUGGGGACAUCACGAGUCUGGAGGCGAUACCGCAGCAUGUCCAAAAGGUGUUUGCUACAGACCUCGCAUUUGCUGCAGUUCUCAAGGAUGGUGGCGCGGUCACCUGGGGCUGCGCCUUACAUGGCGGUGACUCUGCUACUGUUCAACGUUUGCUCACAGGGGUGCAGCAUAUUGUUUGUACUGAAAGCGCGUUCGCAGCCAUCACAGCUGAUGAGAAGGUCAUCACUUGGGGCAAUCCAGAAUGUGGUGGUGACUCAGGCACACUUCAGCUUCAUCACGUUAAGCAUGUCCAAUCCACAAAAGCAGCUUUUGCGGCUUUGCUUGGAGACGGGACUGUUGUUGCAUGGGGCUUUUCAAUUUAUGGCGGCAACACGGAGCCUAUUGCACAC